GCCAUGGGCGAGCGGCUGGAGCUGCGCCUCAAGUCGCCGGUGGGAGCCGAGCCCGCCGUGUACCCGUGGCCGCUGCCCGUCUACGACAAACACCAUGAUGCUGCUCAUGAAAUCAUUGAGACAAUUCGGUGGGUCUGUGAAGAAAUCCCAGAUCUCAAGCUUGCUAUGGAAAACUACGUUCUAAUUGACUAUGACACAAAAAGCUUUGAAAGCAUGCAGCGGCUGUGUGACAAGUACAACCGCGCCAUCGACAGCAUCCACCAGCUGUGGAAGGGAACCACCCAACCGAUGAAGCUGAACACGCGUCCCUCCAACGGGCUCCUCCGGCACAUCCUGCAGCAGGUUUACAACCACUCGGUGACCGACCCCGAGAAACUCAACAACUACGAGCCCUUCUCCCCAGAGGUGUAUGGAGAAACCUCCUUCGACCUGGUGGCCCAGAUGAUAGAUGAGAUUAAAAUGACAGAAGACGAUCUCUUUGUCGACUUGGGCAGCGGUGUGGGUCAGGUGGUGCUUCAAGUGGCUGCAGCCACAAACUGCAAACAUCACUAUGGUGUGGAGAAAGCUGACAUUCCAGCCAAAUACGCUGAGACGAUGGACAGAGAGUUCAGAAAGUGGAUGAAAUGGUAUGGGAAAAAACAUGCAGAAUACACACUGGAAAGAGGUGACUUCCUCUCAGAAGAAUGGAGAGAGAGAAUUGCAAACACAAGUGUUAUUUUUGUGAAUAAUUUUGCCUUUGGUCCUGAGGUGGAUCACCAACUGAAGGAGCGAUUUGCCAACAUGAAGGAAGGUGGGAGAAUUGUGUCCUCAAAACCUUUUGCACCUCUGAAUUUCAGAAUUAACAGUCGAAACUUGAGUGAUAUUGGCACUAUAAUGAGAGUCGUGGAGCUGUCACCACUGAAAGGCUCUGUGUCGUGGACUGGGAAGCCAGUCUCUUACUACCUGCAUACUAUUGACCGAACCAUACUUGAAAACUAUUUUUCUAGUCUCAAAAAUCCAAAACUCAGGGAGGAACAAGAGGCAGCUAGACGUCGUCAACAGCGAGAAAACAAGAGCAACACAACUACUCCAACAAAGGUUCAAGAAAACAAGGAUUCUGGUGCUGAAGAAGAAAAAGCUGGGGCAAAUGCUGUUAAAAAGCCAUCUCCCUCUAAAGCACGGAAGAAAAAACUGAGCAAAAAAGGAAGGAAAAUGGCAGGCAGGAAGCGAGGGCGUCCCAAGAAAAUGAACACUGCAAAUACAGAGCGCAAGACCAAGAAGAACCAAACUGCACUAGAACUUCUGCAUGCUCAAACUGUGUCACAGACAUCUUCAUCCUCUCCUCAGGAUGCAUACAAGUCACCUCAUAGUCCAUAUUACCAACUACCUCCUAAAGUGCAACGGCAUUCAUCCAACCAGCUGCUGGUGACACCCACCCCACCUGCACUACAGAAGCUGCUAGACUCUUUUAAGAUCCAGUACAUGCAGUUCAUGGCAUACAUGAAAACUCCUCAAUAUAAAGCAAGUCUGCAACAGUUACUGGAGCAGGAGAAGGAGAAGAAUGCACAGCUACUGGGGACGGCACAGCAGUUGUUCACCCACUGCCAGGCACAGAAAGAGGAAAUCAAACGUCUUUUUCAGCAGAAGCUCGAUGAGUUGGGAGUGAAGGCUCUGACAUACAACGACCUGAUUCAGGCACAGAAGGAAAUCUCUGCUCACAAUCAGCAGCUGAAAGAACAGACCAAACAGCUGGAGAAGGAUAACAGUGAACUCAGGAACCAGAGCCUGCAGCUGUUGAAGGCACGCUGUGAAGAGCUGAAGCUAGAUUGGUCCACGCUGUCACUGGAGAACUUGCUGAAGGAGAAGCAGGCGCUGAAGAAUCAGAUUUCUGAGAAACAAAAGCACUGUUUGGAACUGCAGAUCAGCAUUGUGGAACUUGAGAAGAGCCAAAGGCAGCAGGAGCUGAUGCAGCUGAAAUCGUACACGCCGUCGGAUGAGUCACUGUCAGUGCAGCUACGGAAUAAAACCCAUCUGAGCCGUGAUGCUGAGGCUGAUCAUGGCAGGUUCCAGCUGGAGCUCGAGUGCUCCAAGUUUCCUAUGCCCCAUGUCAAUGGCAUGAGCCCUGAACUGUCCAUGAACGGCCACGCAACUCCCUAUGAGAUUCACAACACUUUCAGCAGGCCGUCCUCCAAGCAGAACACCCCUCAGUACAUGACUUCUCAUCUGGACCAAGAAAUAGUUCCAUGCACCCCAAACCACAGCAGGCAGAAGGCAGACAGGAUGGCAAGCCUGUCCUUACCUGAUUAUACCAGGUUUUCCCCUGCUAAAAUAGCACUAAGGAGACACUUGAAUCAAGACCAUGCAGUCAAUGGAAAAGCAACAACAAGUGAGAUGCAGAGAGCUGACCAUGUCAAAGAGAACGGCCUUACAUAUCCAAGCCCCAGUAUUUCCAAUGGCAUCAAGCUGAGUCCUCAGGAAACUCGGCCCUCUUCCCCAGCGGCCUUACCGAUUGCAGGCGAGAAGGUUUUGAGAGAGAGAACCUCUGUGAGUAAUGGAGAAACUAUCACCAGCCUACCCAUCAGUAUUCCUCUCAGCACAGUGCAGCCCAAUAAGCUCCCUGUUAGCAUCCCUCUGGCCAGCGUAGUCCUGCCUAGCCGUGUUGAGAAGGUGAGAAGCACACCUAGCCCAGUUCAUCAGAGCAGAGACUCAUCGACACUUGAAAAGCAGAUUGGUGCUAGUUCUCAUAAUGGUGUAAGCAAUGCUGCUGGAAACAAGCCACUGGCUUUGGCUACCUCAGGUUUUUCUUACUCUUCUGGCUCCGUGGCAGUCAAUGGAAAUCUUACAAACAGCCCAGCCCAUCUUAACCAUAGUGUUGAUCAGGCAGCUCUGGACGACUCCGGGAGUCUGUUUAACUCAGUAGGGUCUCGGAGUUCCACUCCACAACAUCCUUUGCUAAUGAUGCAGUCGAGGAACUCUGGGCAAAGCUCCCCUGCUCACCAGCACUCAGCAAGCCCCAGGUUAAAUGGCACCUCCCAGAGCCUGGUAGGGGGACUGCACUAUGCAGAUGCUCAGAAGAUGUUUGCCGAUGGAACAAAGGGGGAUCUUCAGUCUGAUGCAGCAUUUUCAGAUCCUGAGAACGAGGCCAAGAGAAGAAUCAUCUUUACAAUCUCUCCUAAUACAGGACAUGUAAAACAAUCCCCUUCCACCAAGCACAGCCCUCUGCCCGCGAGCGCUCGGCUGGACUGCGGCCCAGCACACGCGCAGGACGGGAAGAAGCGCGGCCGGCGGAAGAGAUCCUCCACUGGGAACCUCAGCGGGGGCUCCGGGGUCUCCCCCAAACGCAAAUCCUUGCCCGCUGUGUCUGGACUCUUUACGCAGCCAUCGGGUUCACCGCUCAACAUCAACUCCAUGGUCAAUAACAUUAACCAGCCUUUAGAAAUAACAGCCAUUUCCUCUCCUGAAAACUCCCUGAAGAACUCUCCUGUUCCUUACCAGGACAACGACCAGCCCCCGGUACUGAAAAAGGAAAAGCCCCUCACUCAGAGCAACGGCGUUCAUUACUCCCCUCUCACGUCAGAUGACGAGCAGGGAUCUGAAGAUGAGCACAACAGCACCAGGAUCGAGAGGAAAAUUGCAACGAUAUCGCUGGAAAGCAAAUCUCCACAGAAGACUGUCGAAAAUGGUGGCAGCUUAUCUGGGAGGAAACAAGCACAACCCAACGAGAACAUGAACAGCAGUAAAUGGAAAUCUACUUUCUCACCAAUAUCUGACAUCAACCUGACCAAAACCACGGACAGUCCCUUGCAGUCUGUGUCGUCUCUGAGCCAGAAUUCGCUGUUUGCCUUCAGGCCGUCCUCCGAGGACAGCCUCGCCAUGGACGCCAAGAUGGCGCACACGAGGAAAGGCAUGGCCAUGCCCUCGUCGGGGGCAGAUGGGCUCAGCCCCAGCACAAACCCCACCAACGGGUUCGCCUACAACGGCGGGCUGUCGACUGACAUUGGUUUACACAGCUUUAUCGAUGGUGCUUCUCUUCCACACAAGGCCUCGGACGGGACGGCUGCCGCCUGCUCGCUGGGUUUCCAGUCGCAGCGGAGCAAAGACGUGGGGAUAUCAGAAACAAAUCCUUUUUUGAACAAGAGGCAGCUCGAAGGCCUCGGCGGCGCCAAGGGGGAAGACCUCAGCCGGGCAGGAGUCAAAAGCAAAGACAUGAGUGAAAUGAGCAUUCGUGCGGGGGGUUCUUCGGAGAAAAACUCUUUGCAGCAUAACGGAAAGGUUGGCAAAGGAAGGGACCGAGACGUGGAGUUUAAAAACGGCCAUAACCUUUUCAUUUCUGCUGCUGUUUCGUCUGGUGGCCUUCUGAAUGGGAAAAGCCUUUCUACUGCUGUUUCUUCAGCAGGCAACCCAGCAUCGUCUGUGCAGACGCACCAUCCCUUCCUCAACACUUUGACCACUGGAUCGCAGUUCCCCCUCGGCCCUAUGGCCUUGCAAGCCAACCUCAACUCGGUGACAAACUCCUCAGUAUUGCAGUCCUUAUUUAAUUCCAUGCCAGCUGCUGCCAGUCUGGUCCACGUGUCGUCAGCUGCAACCAGACUGACUAAUUCUCACACUAUGGGGAGCUUCUCUCCUGGGGUUACAGGUGGAACAGUUGGAGGUAUUUUUAACCAUGCGGUGCCUUCUGCCUCCUCUCCUCAUCAGUUUGGAGCCAGUUUCAGCAGCAGUGCUGUCUCUAGCAGCACAGUGCUAAGCUUAAACCCCCUGCAGGCUGUUGCCAGCACCUCAUCCUCAUCCUUCCCACCCCCCUCCUCUAAUUUAGUAACAUCUAGCGAGAAUAGAGCCGCUCAGCACCUCAACAGAGCGCCAGUGCAAUCUGUUUUCCAUCCACCUCCACCCCCUCCUAACGUUUCCUUGCCCCCUCCUCCCCCUCUGCUUGCUUCUAACCCCGACCUCCUGCACAGCCCCUCCAUCCCACCCGGCGACGCUUUCCUGCCAUCCUCCUCCGCCGCUUCUGUCCACUCUAACGCCGCUCUGUCUAUCAAGCUCGCUUCCCUGCAGCACAAAGCCUCCCGCCCCUCCUUUACCGUCCACCACCCCCCCCUGCCCCGCUCGGCGCUGGCACAGUCCGUGCCCCCGAUGGCGCAGCCCACGGCCGCCGGCGCGCCCGCCAUGUGGGUCACGCUUGGCAUGCAGCCUCCUUCCGCUUCGCACCUUUCUGGGGUUAAGCCACGAUAAAGAGCUUGCUUAGCUAACGGUUCUUAUGUUGUAAGGUAAGGCUAGAGACGAACCCCAGGAGUGGUGUGCGAGAUGCUGAGUGGUGCUUCUUCCUCUGCAGAGAGGGGUGGGCGCGGGCUGUGAGACAGAAGCCUCUGAAAUGUGGGGUAGUGCGGUGGCAGAGGGCGCAGAGCUCCGUGCUGCCUGGGCUGGGAGUCAGGAUUUCUCGACAAGGAGUGCUGACUCUGCUGUCCCAUUGAGUUGGGAUUACGUUCAGGUGGGGAUCAGCAGUCAGGAGGAGCGUCUUUGUACGUUACGGUUUUUAUACGAUCACUGGCGGUGGUUUCCCCUCCAGCACAGGGCAGGGAAGUGGAAGUGGAUGAUCUUUAAGAUCCCUUUCAACCUAAGCCAUCCUAUGAUUCUAAUGCAGACACUGCUCCUUCCACAAGUCCGUGUUCCCAUGGCGCUGGGGUGAGUGAUGCUGCUUCCAACCUCAGCCAACAACAGCUGCUCAAUAACCAGAAAGUUCCAAACCCUCCAGGUCCCAAGCUGCAGCUUCAGAGUGCAAACGCACUGCUGGUGCACUGCAGUCAGCACACCCUCUGCAUCCCUGGGAAACAGCCACAGGUAGCAAAAAGGGGGUUAGAAUUUGCAGCAGAGAAGAGGAAACCAAGAAGCCAAGCUGAGCACUGCAGCUUGAUAUGCACACAGUGGCAGUCUCCAUCAGAGCUUUGUUACAGAAUCAUACGAUUGCUCACUUGGCAAUUGCUCGCUCCCUGGGUAGACUGUAGGGAAUGUGCAGGGUUGGCUGCUUUGUGUUGGGGCUGUAAGAGAGAGGAGGGUCUGUGCAGGCUGUAUGCAUUUCUAUUGAAGCACUGUUUAAAUGCCAUUAGAAUAAAGCGCACCGGCACGGAGUUGGGCACUGUUGUAAUGAAAAAUGCUCUGUGGCAUCGUGAUGUAACAGCUUGGGAUCACAGAGCUCCAGCAGUGUGAGGGCCCUGAGCUCGCUCCGUGCUUUACCUGUAGGUCGUUGAUGUUGUUGCUGUUCACUGAUCCCAAAGCUGCGUAAAAAUCGAUGGUUGAAUACUUUUUACCGCUUAUAAAACAUAUGCCUCAAUUACAACAUCCCUGAGAGAUUCUUUUGGCUGUGCAUUGUGUGUAGCGCCUUCGCCACCAAAUUGCUCGGUGGGCACACAUGUAGUCCCCAUAGGCAUUGGUGAGGCAGGUAAGUGCCACCUUGGCCCAGCAGGGAAGCCGAGGAGGAAUUUGAUGUCCCUGUGCUGUGGCCGCAGUGAUGCUGAUGUGCUGAUGGGGCGGGCUGAGUAGGAGAGAGCUGGGGGAGGAAGAGGAGGAGGAGGAGGUUUGGGGCUCUGUGUGCCCGAAUGGCUCUGGGGAGUGGUGGGAAGGUCUGCUGAAGGAGGUGCCUUAACUGGGACUGGGGUGUUGCAGAACCAGCUGCCAUCCCAUUGGUGCCACGCCAUCCAAAGUAGGGCCGGCACGUGGCUGAAGUCCACUGAAAGGCAGCCAGGUGUCCGGAGGUGUUCUGAGGAGCAGAGCAAUGCUCCCAGGAGGCGCUCUGUGGCACACAUUGCUGCUCCGUAUGAUGCAAGCCAAAUACUGGAAUGUUUUCCCCAACUUCAGUAUAAAUCCAUGUGCUCAGAGCCCUUGCUGAAAUCCAGAGUUGAGGGGCUGAAAUAAUCCGCUUAACUUCUCCUCCAUAAGGUAGUAACAACUUCAGAGCAGAUCAGUGUGUGCUAAAAAAGGGUGAAGCCCCAUGUGGGCAGGCAGAGACCUUCCUCCUCCCCCCGGUGGGGUCCGACUCUCAGCGGCCUCCUCCUGUCUGUUGUCAGUGCUCUUGGGUCAACUCUUCCUCCCUUGCUGGCUGAAGGUCCCAAAUCUCGGUCCGGUCGCGGUCUUGGAGCAAUGUAGAAAUGAUUGACACAUCAGACACGCUGUGGAUUUUGUCAUUGAGAUGAGUCUCUUCCUCUCCUGUUGUGCAGGUAACUAGGAUUUCUACCUCAACCCAAUGUGACCUAUGCAAGGACAACGUGGACCAACUUCACUCGGCUUCCACUGAAAGGUGCUCACUGGCCUGUGCAGGGGUUCUGCUCUUACUACUGGACAAAACACAAACCUAAAAAGACCUAAACAACAGAGAAAAUAAUAUUUACUGUGAAUCUGAGUUUAAAGGAAAAAAAAAAAAAAGAAAAAAGGAAGAAAAAAAAAAAAAAGCAAAUGAAAUACUUAAGGCUCCAGUUUGUAUUGUUGAUAGUUUAGGUAAAGUAUUUAUCUUUUUUAACGUGAAAAUAAUUUUGACUUAUUUUAUUCCACCUAGAGUCAUAAAUACAACUUGUGGUUAAAUUCUCUGAAUAACUGAGGACUGGCACACCAGCAGAGAUGUAAAGAGCCUCUUCUCGGUGCUAUUUCAUCCGUCAGAACUGUGCCUCUAGUUUGAUCCUUGGUGCUGAAUUUAGAGGGUUGACCAAUGCCAAACCCAGUUCUCAGACAGGUCUGCUUUUAUUUAUUCACCUUCCUCUGUUCAUAUCCCCAAAUCCACUUGGUUUACAGCCACGUGUGCUGCGGCGCUCUUUCAUCCGGCGGUUUGCUCCGGGGAGAACCGAGCCACCGGGUGGGUUUUAAUUGCAUUUGGACACAUGAGAGCUCGCGCUCCCCUCUGGGGUGGCAGCUGGAUCCCAGGGCAGCCUGGUCGAGCAGGAAGGAUCCGAGUCCUGCCCCAUCCCACCGCACUGGGCCGCCUGCAGGCUGUGAAUUUCGGUAGCUGGUCUGGUCACUUUGGGAUGUCAUUGGCAUAUGAACAGGGUGCACGAUCACUGGGAUUGGUCAGGCCCUCGAGAUGACAUUGGGAAGACUGAACAUAGUGCUUCUGUACCGGUGCAGGUAGAUUUUUGCAGCUCGUUUUUGUUCCGAGUCAAUUGUAUUUUGUUGGUAGAGUUUUGAUACUUGAUGCAGAAAUGGCUUAGACGUCUUACUAAGUGCAUUUUGCUUUUUGUAUUUCUUUGCUUGAAGUGGAUCUGAAUGGUAGUUCACAACGCCGCCAUCUCGCCGUGCUGCCCCUGGUGGAACUGGUGCAUUGAACUGGUGCAUUUGUUGUAUUGUGACUCGGUGUUCUGUGUACAGAAAGAGCCGCUCGGAGCAGCGGCUGUAUUUUAUAGAGAUGUGAUGAGAAUUUAUAAAUUUCAUAUACUUUAUUUCCUUUAUUUUUAGACUGUACAGUGCACAGUAAACGUGUAAAAACUUAUUUAUUCGAGUGCACAAAACGAGGAGAGAAAGGCGACCCGUUAUGUAGACAUUGCCCAGUCUGUAGGUCAGGCUGGACCCAGCACCAAUCAAGGAAACUACAGUCAAAGAAGGGGAAUUGCAACAGCAGAAUGACGGGAAGAGAAACACGUGGAGGUGUUGGGGGCAUCUGCAUGGGUGCUCAGACUCAAUGGGUGCCGCGGGGCCACAACAAGCUGGGCUGGGUGCCAUGGCUUUCAGCUGCCUCUGUAUGUGAGAUGGUUCUGUCCUUGCGUGCUCUCCUUGAGGAGCCGUUCUCUGACAGCUUCCACCCUCUGCAGGUUCUGUGUAGAGCUUUUUCUUCGUACCUCAUCCCCUUUUCUUCGUACCUCAUCCUCUGCAAUCUUAGAGAUUCAGCUCAGUGUGUGGUUAUUUGUUGGUCCCGAUGUGUGUCUUCCAUAGGCGGCCAUUGUGUGCAGAAACCGUCGAUGUGAUGUCGUUGUCUCGUUCAUUGGGAAGGGAAGGGAUUGGUAGCCCUGGAAAGGAUGGAACUUUGCUUUGUGUGUGGGAGAAGACAAGGCAGCUGAGUUACAGCUGUGAGAGGAGAACCUGGAGAAGGGCAAAAACACGCAGAGGGCGAUGGCUGAGAAACAUCCGUAGCUUCUAGUAGGAGCUGUACAGAGUUUAUGUCCUGGAAUCCAGGAGGACGGUGUAACCCAGAUGUGUUGCAGCUGGGAGUUGGGCAGCCCCAUCUUCAUUCACAGCCGUGAGCCGCUGUGAGCUGCAGAGCUGCCCUACAUCCUUCCUGGCACUGCACUCCGGUCCUGGGAGUGGGGAUGAACAUGAGCAAUGGCUGGAGAGGCAGGAGCUUUAAUUGCAUUCUCCCAUUUUUAUCCUUAUAGUCCUUCUGCUUUUAGCAGAUGGUUUAUGGAAAGCGGACCAAGACGGAGUUCUAGGCUUUUUGUUCCCCCACCUUCAUCCCAAACCAUGCAGGUGUCUGCCCAUGGGGUGGCUGAGCUCCAAGUGUCAGCAUGGUGAGUGUCUUCAUCCCUGGGGCGUGCUGCUGGGAGUGCCAUGGAAACCAGUGAGCAGUGUGAGAUGGGAAGCCGAGCACGGGGGGCUGAAGUCCCAGUAUCACUUCAUCGGGGAGAGGUGGUCGCUGUGGUUGCUUUGAGAUUUGCAUCAUCUUCUCCACGUCCCCAUCUUUUACUGCUUGGCCAUAACCUGGAGUGAGUCCAACCCAUUUAUCUCCAGGGCUACUGGAGGAGCAGCUCCUGGAGCUGUUCAGAUCUGAUCCAUAUGGCUGCAAUGAGACACACACGACUGCGAUGUAUCAGUGCCUGCCAGAGAUCUGAAACCUGUUUUCAAUAAUUGGAGAUAAUUGCGAGUAACCAAAGCCGUACAGCCGGUUCCAAAAAAGAAUUCCUUCUCUGUUACUGCUUCCUGCCCGGGUGCAGCCGUUGGAUGGCCGUCACAAAUGUUCCUUCUCCUCCACACCACUGCUGCCAGUGAGGGGCAAGUCAGGAAGUCGGAAUCCAUCCAGCAGUGGACAUUGCCAGAAUGAAAGGACCUUCCUGAGCACUGUGCAGCACAUUGUCAGCCUCAGAACAGACUGUGCAUGCUCUGCCUUCUGGGGGUUUGUAGGAUCGAGCUGCCUCUUGUUUCAGGGUGCAGGGCUGUUGCCUUCAGUGCAGUGGACAACCAUGGUGAUGGGAAACAUCUUCAUCCUUCUUCAGUCUGAGCUCCGUCUCCCACCGGUUUCUGCUGCAAUGCUUUGAGGGUCGGGAGCUAUGAGGCUCCCAAACUCAGUCAUGAAUUUAGGAAAGGACCUCUCAGAUCAUCCAGUCCAGCUGUCCACCUCCCACAAUACUGCUCACCGACUGUGUCCCUCUGUGCCACAUCACCAUUCCCCAACACCUCUGGGGACAGUGACCACCCAUGCCAGUGCCUGACCAUCUUUUGCUGAAGAAGUUUUUCCUGGUCUCUAUCCUUCCUCAGCCUCACAUCACCCAACUGUUGCUACAGCCACUCACUUUGAAUUGAGAUUUCUUUCUAAUUAUGUUUGAAUCAAACUUCAGUGAGUGACUUCCAGGUGAGCUCUGCGGAGCUCCGUAGGCUCUUCCAUUGCAUCUCCAGCACUUUGGGCUGGAGUGGUGCUGCAGGGUGGAGUCUGGGUGGGCAGUUUCCUCCUGAAAGGUGUUGCAGCUGCAUAGCACUGAGGAUGGGGUGGAAUCUGGAUGGUUGUUGUGCUGCAAGAGGUGACCAGAGGGCCGCGAGCUGAUGGCCCCACUUGGCUGCACUGAUAAAUCCCGAUGGCUGCACACAGCGGUGGGUUUCCAAUCACAGAAUCACCAGGGUUGGAAAAGACCUCCAAGUUCAUCCCGUCCCACCUGCAACAUCCGCCCUGCUGCUGCUGAGCUGCCGCUCUCCGGGUCUGCAUCCCCCAUGUCAGUUCUGCCAUCUGCCUGGUUGGGUUUUUGUGUUGCAAUUGGUGCUUUUCCUGCAGGAAACAGAUCUGGGAUUAUUUGUUCUCUGAAGGAGUUACCCCAGCUUGAUGGGAAGUUCCCCAAGUUCUGCUCUUUGUGUGUUGCCUGAGCCAGGAAGAGGAAGAAGAGGAGGAGGAGGUGGAGCUUCCCACAAGUAUCUGUCAAUGUGCAGAGGACAGCAAACCAACUGGGUUUGCUGGGUUGCCAGGAAAGGAGGCGAUGUCCUCAUGAGGCAGCUCUGCAGCAGAGGGGUGAAACCACAAAAGUAGGGUUUUUUUUUUUGGAAGUGCAGAUGUUGGCGUACGAAUAGUUGAGGUUUUGGGGCUGUUCUUUCUUCCUUUAUGUGCUCUGACUUCUCCAUAUCGGGUUCUCACCAUCAGAUGGAUUCCCAGUGUGCAGGGUGAUGCUGUGCCGCAUUUUCUUCAUCCUUUCGCCUUAGAAACACCGAGCGGCGCAGUGAGAGAGGUGACGUUACUGUGAACUUCAGGGUUUAACCCCAACGCCAAAAACAGGAAGCACACACUGGAAAUGUCCCUGCGGUGCAUCUGCUGUUUGCAUCUUUGUGCAGAGGUUUUCUUCCAUCUUCACCCUUCACAAACAAAACCCCUUGGUGCAGUUCCGGGUUCCGUAGCACUGACCCCAAAGUUCCCAGCUUUGGGAUUUGGUGUUGUUUUAAGGUACAGCUGUUGCUUGCUUCUGGCUCGGUUGGCUCGUUAGCGAGGUCUCGCUGCUGUGGUUAACGAGGAAGAGGAGGACGGGUUGGUCCAUCCCGCGUGGCUUCUGGCACCUAGCGAUCUCCUAAGCGAUCGAUCUCCAAUUAAAACCAACUUGUUGGGUCUUUUCACCCUCUGUUGGAGCCAGGCGGGACGCAGCGGGUCACCAGGUUGCUGUUGCUCAGGAAUUGAUUAGCAAACCUUUUAACUACUACUAACGAUCCAUUUUGGAUGGAUUUAAAACCACAACCACCACGUGUUUUCUUAGAGCAGCGAUACGGGAUGUUUCCUAGGGAAUAGGGAUUAGUUUAUAUAAUUUAGCCGAUUAAACCCAAUUAUUUAAAACUCAAACUUCCCCCUAAUUUAUCUUUUUGUUGUCGUUUUAUUUUACACCGGUAAGUUGUCCCAUCAUUCCUUCCAUCCCAUAGAAGUAGUGCAAAUUCUGGUGUGUAUAUAUGUACGUAUAAUAUAUAUAUCCCCCCCCGCCUUUCUAAUGCCCUGCACUGUUAGUUUUUGGUUGUUUUUUUUUUUUCCUCCCCUCACUUCAUUUCUUGUGUCUCUCCCUUGAUUUGUAAUGGAAACAAAUGCUUUGAAGUUUUGUCUUUAUAUUAAAGUGUACGUAUUUUAAUACA